CUAUGAGAGCCCCUGUGGUCUGACUUCAGCAGCAGUUUCCGGAAGGAGACCAGCACUCGCUGUCGCCGCGGGGCGGCCUCCCUCUACGUGAUCUGAGCAUCCUUCCGGAGGCCAACAGACCUCGGUUUCGGGGUGGCUUCUGAGCUUCCCUCAGUUGGCGCAAAGGAAGAACCAGACUGCUGCCCCUAAAGUGCGUAAAGUGGCAGACGCUCAGACGAGCCGCCAUAGGGGCGAACGCCAGCACCCGUGGUGGCCGGGGCGAGCACCGCUGACUCUGCCGGGAAGCUCAAGCCAGCAGCAGACAAGCAAGCUGGUGUCAGUGGCAGCAUGGUCUUCUAUUUGGAAAAGGAGAUGCCACACCGCCUGCUGGGAAGCACCAUGGUCCACUUCCAUGCCUCAGAAGUCCAGCAGCUGCUACACAACAAGUUCGUGGUCAUUUUGGGGGACUCCAUCCAAAGAGCUGUGUAUAAGGACCUGGUGCUUCUGCUCCAGAAAGACACACUGCUCACAGCUUCCCAGUUAAAAGCCAAGGGGGAGCUGAGCUUUGAACAGGAUCAGCUGGUGGCUGGGGGCCAGCUGGGAGAGCUGCACAACGGGACACAGUACCGAGAGGUCCGCCAGUUCUGCGCUGGCUCUGGCCACCACCUUGUGCGUUUCUACUUCCUCACCCGUGUUUACUCCGAGUACCUUGAGGACGUCUUGGAGGAGCUGUCACAUGGACCUGCCCCUGACCUAGUGAUCAUCAACUCCUGCCUCUGGGAUCUCUCCAGAUAUGGCCGCUGCUCAAUGGAGAGCUACAGAGAGAACUUGGAACGAGUCUUUGUGCGAAUGGAUCAGGUUUUGCCAGAUUCUUGUCUGCUGGUGUGGAACUUGGCAAUGCCUCUGGGGGAACGUGUCACUGGGGGUUUCCUCCUGCCAGAGCUCCAGCCCCUGGCAGUCUCUCUGCGACAGGAUGUGGUUGAGGGGAACUUCUACAGUGCUACACUAGCCGGGAACCACUGUUUCGAUGUCCUGGAUCUCCAUUUCCAUUUCCGGCAUGCUGUACGUCACCGUCAUCGAGAUGGUGUCCAUUGGGACCAACAUGCACACCGCCACCUCUCCCACUUACUUCUGACCCACGUGGCUGAUGCCUGGGGUGUGGAGCUACCCAAACAUGACCGGCUCCCAGACCCAUGGAUUGAGGACUGGCCUGAGGUGGAUCGUUCAUCCCAGGGAAGCCAUAAGCAGCCCCCAGACUUCAGGGAGAAGCUGGCCUUGCCCCUGCUCCCACCUUUCCAUUUGCCUCCCCCCAUGUCCUUUCCUUACCCACUUCAGCCCUCACCACCUCCCUUGUUCCCACCCCUGCCCCAGGAUAACCCCUUUUUCCAAGGCCAGCCCUUUCUGCCCUAUGAAUUCAAAUAUAAUGCAAUGGAGGACUUCUCAAUGCCAGGAUGUGGCCCUGGAAUGAACUUUGUGCCUGGGCCCCCGCCACCAUCAGUCUCUGGCCCUGUCUCCCAUGGUCAACACCGGGGCCCAGUGGUCCACCGGGGCAAACCACGUUGUGUUCUGAGCAACCCCUACCAUGUACCAAGGAUCGGGGGCCCAUGCAGGCAUCGACUCAGACACUCAGACAGACUGAUCCACACAUAUAAACAGGACAGACGGGGACAUGCCCAUUCAGGAACAUGGCCUGGGUAGGCAGGAUCUUAGGUUGGGGCUAGAGAUGCCAAUGGCCCUGGGGGAUCUGCCUGAUAACCUAGCUGUUGGGCCAGGGUGUUCUUGUCCAUUGCUGAUAUCAAUAAAAGCAUGGAAGGACAGAGUGACAUUCCUGUGUGAGGGAGUGGGUCUCUCAAACCAUGACCUUAAGGCAUGGGGAAGCUGCCCUUGGCCUCUUUGCAAACUAUUUAGAAAUCUGUGAAUACACUCUUGUAUAACAGGUCCAUCUUCACAAGAACACAUACACACUAAAUAAAUAUCCCCAGAGUCCCUUGUUAUCAACAGGUCUUUGGGACUGGGAAAAAUCAAGGACUGAGUUAAAUUGUCUUUAGUAGGUAUUCAGUGAGUUGUUAGAACCUAAGUGAGAAGUUUCCAAGUGCAGGUUAAAGACCAGUUAGGAUCUCAUUAGUUCCUUGAUACAUGCGCAUACCCUGAUGCACAGGGUAGAGUGUGACAUUGGGGGAGAGGGGCUGGAGUGUGACAAUGGGGAAGAGAGGGGGGGCAUUCUAAAGACCCAUUACAUUUGAAUUAGAAUGGAGGGAACAGAAUUCUUGGGUUCAUUUUUGUUCCUGCUAAUGAAACCUUUCAAAAGGACAACAUCCCACUGAAAAGAAAACAGAAAAACUGAUCCAACAAUGGAUUUUGGUUAACAAUUUGGUAGAUUAGUGAAGCUUGGUUAACAGGUGGGUACUAAGUAUUGUCACAGACAAUAUGAGUUAAUAAAACCUAAGAAACUUGCAGAGGCAUGCAGUGCCCAA